AUGUCAGGGAAUGCAGACUUUGUGGUUGCGGAUAGCGAAGAUGAAGAUUCGAUGAUUAUGCGGAGACCGGAAGACGAUCCCAUGAAUGGCCAAUCUGCAGAGACAUCUACAAUAGGAAAUUUUACGACAAUGAAUGGACAAAAGACGUCGAAUAUCGAUUCGUUCGGUACUUCGGCUAUUCCCCAGCUCGAUGGUGCUUCGUCCGCCGCUCCCGCCGCACCCAAGCCUCGUCCUCGUCCGCGACCUGUACAGCGCAAACCGAAACCACCCGCUGCGGAAGCUUUAGCUGAUGACAGUAUUGCGACGACUUCGGCAUCUUCCCUACAACCGAUACCAGAGCCCGCACCUGCUCCAACUCUUCAGCCUGAGCUCGACCUCUCGUUCUCUCUCGGCGUCGCAGAACGCGCGAAACUUCGUGCACGAGGCGCAGCAAAACCUUUACCUGUACCUGCGAGUCAGGUGAUUGAGCUUACCGACGAGUCUGACGACGAGCUUGCGCUACCUCCUCCGCGUAAGACGAAGAAGGCUAAGACGAACCACACGGCUGCUGCUGAGGAGCGCGCCGCAGGAGUCGCAGGUGUGGGCGAUACGACACUAGACUCGAUAUCAGCGGCACAUAUUCCGCUUCCGAGCUCCAGUCUACCCCCUUCGUCGCCUUUCCCAUCACCUCUUCGCCCCGCCAAACGCAAACGGCCCGCUGAGGACGCAGAUAUGCCUCCCCCGGUGCCUCCUCCAUUCUUCGAUGACACGACCGAAUCGUUCGUGAGCGAACUUCCGGGCGCAGACUUGAGCUCCGUCGCAAGCGGCAGCGUUGCGCCAGCGAAGGAGAAGAAGAAAGCGCCGAGGAAGAAGAAGGUCGUGGAUGACGAAGAGGAGUACUGGAACGCACCGAUAGAGGAGAUUAUGCCGAAGAAGAAGGGAAAGAAGAAGGCUGUGGACGAUGAGGAGGAGGAUUGGGAUGCCGCGCCGAAGAAGAAGAAAGCGACUAAGAAGAAGGCUGCUGCGUCUACUGCCGCCGUUGAGGAUGCUGCAGAGGGGGAAGGAGCGGCACCAGCGAAGAAGAAGGCACCGCGCAAGCGCAAGGCGGUUGAAGUCUCUUUGCCGCCAGUCGCACCGGCUCCGGCUCCCGCGCCUGUCGUGCAAGAUGCGGAGAUGUCAUUCGUGCCGCCGUCUAUACCUGAUCGUGCACCAUCGUCGGAUCCAGGCGAGGAGGACGAGUUGAGGUUACCGGACUACAAUGCACCUUCACCGCCUCCUGCACCAGCACCUCUACCCGACCCUGAACCUGAACCAAUAGUCGCGCCCGAAUCCGUAGCUGCACCAGCGAAGAAGAAGCGCGCCGCGAAGGGCAAGGGCCAGGAGAAGGAGAAGGCCGCCGAGUCUGAGGCGAUCGAGGGGACGGAAGAGACGGAGGUCGCGCCGCCGAAGAAGGGCAAGAAGGCUACGAAGCGCGCGGUUCUGGACUCUGACGAUGAGGAUGCGCCUGUCGCGGCGCCUCCGGCUGCGCCGAAGAGGAAUGGCAAGAAGAGCAAGAAGGCUACACCUGCCGCUGUGGCUGAAGAUGCGGAAAUGGCUGUCGUGGAGGAACCUCCUGUUGUGGCAAGUUCACCUGCGACGCCGACGAAGCGAAAGGAGAACCUCCAGCCGUCACCGAGUAACUCGACGCAUGAGCCUCUCACAUCUUCCGCGUCGGUGUCAACGCCUGCACCUAUACGACCAUCUGCGCCACGCCCCUCAAUGAACCGGGAAUCCUCUGCUCUUCCGGCUUCAUACAUCGCAAACAAGCAGUACAGCAUCGCGCGAUCCAAAUCCGGCGUCUCCGACCUCCUCCGUCGCACUUCUUCGCCCGCAGGACAGACAAAGUCGUACUCUCCAUACUCGAAGAUGUCAAAGACGGUGUUGAGGAAGUUCGCGCCGUUACAUCCGAAUAGGCGGACUCCGCCGCCUCCGCCGCCGCCACCUCCGCCGAAGAAGAAGACGAAGAAGGAGCUGGAGAGGGAGGAGAGGUGGGAGGAGGAGUUGGAGGAUGAGGUUGAGGGGUGGUAUGCACUCCCGGAGGAAGAGAGGGCGAGGUGGAGGAGGGCGAAGAGGGAUAAGGAGUUAGGAUAUGAUGACUAG